CUCACAUUUUUUAAAUUUAUUUCUUUCUAGAUGUCGGAUGAAGAAAUGGAAUUUAGUGAUGAUGGGGAUAUUGAUGACUACUAUGGAGUAGAAUAUGAUGGUGAUGUAGACCAUGUAGAUCCACCAAAGGACGAUCCAGAAUAUUUUGAUGUAGCAUGUCUUACUGACACCGAAGUUGAACGACUCCUUAAUGAAUCGGUAGAACAGCUAUCCAACAGCAUACAGGUAACACCAUCAUUAGCAAAGAUGUUACUCCAUAUGUCUAACUGGAAUCAGCUGGAAAUUGUAGCUGGGUAUCGCCAAGACAGUCAUAAAUUGCUCACCUCUGUACACCUCAAACCCCCUCAACCUCCUCAGCAGGCUGUGUUUAAGGAGGGAGAGGUAACUUUGUGUCCUGUGUGCCUUGCUCCUAUGUCUCCAGAUAAUGCCAGACAUCUCUCUUGCGGUCAUACGUUCUGCGGGGAUUGUUGGAGUGCGCAUUUUGAGGUCCAGAUCAUGCAGGGGACAUCGACAGGGAUUGAGUGCAUGGGCAACAGUUGUCAGGUUUUGGCACCUGAGGAUUUUGUAGUUUGUCUGCUAAACCGUCCGCAGCUUAAAGAAAAAUACCAGCAGUAUGCAUUUGCUGACUAUGUUCGAAGUCAUCCACAAUUACGCUUCUGUCCGGGUCCAAACUGUAAUAUUGUUGUUCAAGCUAAAGAGAAUCAAGCAAAGCGAGUUAAUUGUACCAACUGUAAAACUCAGUUCUGUUACAAAUGUGGGGGCGAUUAUCAUGCGCCAACAGAUUGCGAAACUAUCAAGAGAUGGUUAACUAAAUGUGCUGAUGAUAGCGAAACUGCAAAUUACAUUAGUGCACAUACCAAAGAUUGUCCCAAGUGCCACAUUUGUAUUGAAAAAAAUGGUGGUUGCAAUCAUAUGCAAUGUUAUAAUUGUAAGCAUGACUUUUGCUGGAUGUGUUUGGGUUGCUGGAAAACCCAUGGCUCGGAGUAUUAUGAGUGCUCACGUUACAAAGAAAAUCCCAAUAUUGCCCAUGAAUCUGCUCAUGCACAAGCUAGGGAGGCUCUCAAAAAGUAUCUCCAUUAUUAUGAACGUUGGGAGAAUCAUAGUAAGAGUUUGAAGUUGGAGGAGGAUACAUUGUCCAAAAUUCGGGAGAGGAUCCAAGAAAAAGUUAUGGCUGGAACAGGUACCUGGAUUGACUGGCAGUACCUCUUGGAUGCAGCUGCACUUCUUGCCCGUUGCCGCUACACACUUCAGAAUACUUAUCCCUUUGCUUAUUACCUCGAGUCUGGACCUAGAAAAGAUCUGUUUGAGUAUCAGCAAGCACAGCUAGAAGCUGAAAUUGAGAAUCUUUCGUGGAAGAUUGAACGAGCUGAGAUGACUGAUAGAGGAGAUUUGGAAAACCAAAUGGACAUCGUUGAGAAGAGGAGAACAACACUUCUUACAGAUUUCCUACAAGUUUGAUGGGGGUUAUCAAAAUAGAAGUGUUCUCUACUUUUGAAAACUGGUGUUAGCAGAAAUACACUUGCCCAUAUCCUGUAAAGAGGACAGAGUUAAGGGCCUUUGAGGUAGAUGAACUUGAUGGUUGGUCCCUUAACAGAGUCGUCGGAUGAGUGUUUUCUGUGUUUGACGUAUAUGUAUCUCAUUAGUCUAAUGAUUUUUUAUUAACUUUAGUAUGAAUGGAUGUUUGUAUUGAGCUUGGUACUAUUGUUUGUAACCAUGUAAAAUAUUUUAUAUGUAGGUGUGUAAUGUGGUUUCUGACAUCAUUUGUCUGAUUCCAGUUACCAUAUUGGUUCCAGAAGUGCAUGAUUAACCACAUGCUUUAUCCAACUUAAGUGGUUAAGGUUCUCUUGUUUUGCUAACUUAAGUUGGUUUUGUUAUUGACAUUGGCAACUUAGAAAAUGGCCAAUAUGUUUAUAGUUUUGCCUUUGAAUAAUUAAUGAGUGACAUUUAGUUCCUUUUUAUAUUUUGUUAUUUUGUCUUGUCUGGUUAAAUGUAUGUUAUGUUGUCACCAAAGAAUUGAAAGAUUGAUGAGGUAUCUCCGAGAUCCGAAUAGGUUGUGGAUUGAUUUUACAUGCAUCCAGUUGUUAGAUUUUGUAAUUACCUUAAGAAGGUGAAUUGCAAUUUGGAAAAUUUUAGUUGAUGUAUACUGUAUGGACUGUCUUUGAAGGGGAUAUAGUUGGCAAUGGAACUGUCAGAUAUGAAACUGGAUGCGCUCUUGUUAUAACCAGUUACCCAACCUUUAUCCAGGUAACUUAAACAUACGACCAGGAUGUGGAGAUAGUUAAUUUUGUCUGGUCCAUAUUGGCUUUUUACCCACCGUAUAAUGGGAUGUGGAGCCCCUUCAGGGCCAGGUGGACUACCUUGCAUGUGCAAUGACUAAGCUAAUUGUAGAAGCCCACAAGUAGAGAAUUAGAAAAUUUAGCAAAAGAUAUUUUUGCUACGUAAUUGGCAAAUAUCCGAGGCUUUUUUAAGGUUUUUUCUUUUUAUAUUUAAAUUACAUAUAUAUAUAUAUAAAGUUACACUGUAUAAGAAUAACCCACCCUCCAUUUCCCUGACUCACAUACAGCCAGUAGAUGGACGAGAUUACACAUGGCAAGUAAUGAAAAUGGCUGAUUGGUUUUUGUGCUUUUAUUUUUUUUUUCUAAGACCAUCUUAUAAUGGAAGCGUGCGUGAAAAAUGAGACUACUGUGUUUACUAACUUUUCCCUAUGGAGAAAAGGUGUAUGUUCUUUAGUGUUAAGGAAUCUUAUAAAAGAGCUUAUAAAAGAAGUGAAUUUGUACUUUUUUCCUGCUGAUACUGAAACUGUUUCCAAUAUAGAAAAAACAGCAGAGGGAUCUGUUUCUAUCUCUUUUUAUCUGGCUGAUAACAUUUGUUAAGAAAAUACCUUUGUACAAUUCUUUUAUCACGUCAGUUACUAAGUUGUUUACAGUACUUGUUGAGUAGUUUGAGUUUAUGGGCUUAGCUGUGUCACCUCUUGAAGCAUUUGUCUGUAAUUGUUAAAAACUAUGACUGGGGCUGCUUGUAUGGUGUUAUGGCAGUCCUGCAGGGCAUUCAUUUUCUACCAUUAUUGUGAUAAUAAAUGGAAAUGUUUUGAAA